AGUGACAGUCGGACAUGGAUGAGGACGCAGCGCGCGGACCGGCCGCUCUGCUGCGCAGCAGCAGUGCGUAAAAGCUGCCCAGAUGAACCGACGCCCCCCCGGAUCCUCCGGCGCGCAAUGGCUUAACAGCAGAGACAUGAGCGUCCGCACGGAGGACAGCAUCACCUUGUGCCAAAGGGCUCUCCAGAUCGUUACGGAACUUUGUCUAGCGGGACAUGUGGACCGGGAGAAAUGUGCGGAUAUAUUCCCGCUGGAGAGCAACAUACAAGGUAAAGGACACGGAGACAUCUCUAUUAGUCUCCUUGCUGUGGUCGUGGGUUUCUGUGGCCUUGCCCUGUUGGUAGUCUCUCUCUUUGUCUUUUGGAAGCUGUGUUGGCCCAUUUGGAGGAGCAAGGCUCUGUCGGCCCACUCCGAAAAUGGCCUCCACGUGGGUUUCGAGGCGCCUCAGCCCGGCUCCCCUCCGGUCAGCGAGUGCAAAGUGGCGGAGGUGGAAAAGAAGAAGUUUCCGCCCGAGGUGAAGGUGAACGGACGGAGCUCCGUGAAGCUCCUGGAGGCCGCCAUGAAGAUCAGCCAGACGUCGCCAGACAUCCCCGCGGAGGUGCAGACGGCCCUGAGGGAGAAGAUCACCCAACCGCCCACGAAAAUCCAACGGCAGACCACCGAGCCAACCUCCUCCUCCAGGCACAAUUCAUUCCGGCGCCACCUGCCCCGUCAGAUGAAUGUCAGCAGCGUGGACUUCAACAUGGACACCGUGCCUCUCCGCCAGUCCUCCACAGUGAGCAUCGGAAGAAUAAAACCCGAACUCUACAAGCAGAAAUCUGUGGACUCAGAGGACGAGGCCAAAGAGCCCGUCGAGACGUGCGGGAAGCUCAGCUUCUCUCUGCAGUACGACUACGAGGAGCAGGCGUUGGUGGUGAAGAUCCUCAAAGCCAUGGACUUGCCCGCCAAAGACUUCACAGGCACCUCUGACCCGUAUGUGAAGAUCUACCUGCUACCCGAGAGGAAGAAGAAGUUCCAGACACGUGUCCACCGCAAGAAUCUGAACCCCACGUUUGACGAGACCUUCUGCUUUCCCGUGGCAUACGAUGAGAUUUGCAAUCGCAAGCUGCACUUCAGCGUCUACGACUUCGACCGAUUCACUAGCCACGAUAUGAUUGGCGAGGUGGUGGUGGACAACCUCUUUGAACUCUCUGACCUUUCGAGGGAGGCGGUAGUCUGGAAGGACAUUCACGCAGCAACCACGGAGAGUAUUGACUUGGGAGAGAUCAUGUACUCGUUGUGCUACCUCCCCACAGCGGGGAGAAUGACCCUAACAGUCAUCAAAUGCAGAAACCUCAAAGCCAUGGACAUCACAGGCUCUUCAGAUCCAUACGUGAAGGUUUACCUGGUGUGUGAUGGACGGAGGCUGAAGAAGCGAAAAACAACAACCAAGAAAAGCACGCUCAAUCCCGUCUACAACGAAGCCAUCAUCUUUGACAUUCCCCCAGAGAACGUGGAACAAGUCAGUCUGUCCAUCAUGGUGAUGGAUUACGAUCGGGUUGGACAUAACGAGGUGAUAGGUGUGUGCCAAGCCGGCCCAGAUGCUGUGGGCCUCGGACGAGAUCACUGGAACGAGAUGUUGGCUUAUCCGCGGAAGCCCAUCACACACUGGCACGCUCUGGGAGAGUGGCCUGGAAGAGCUGCUAGCUUUGAGAGUCAAGUUUCGUGUCCUUCACCCAAACCUCCAAAGACGCCCUGACGAUCGCAGCUGAUGGACUCGCUACGAAGUUCCCGACGUACCCGUCUCUGCAAAGCGAUCGGAGACCCCUGGGCUGGGUCAGAUAGUGAGCAGGGGAUGGUUUCCGACAGAGCCUCCGUCUCCACCAAACUAUAAAUCGUACUGUAUUUGCUGUGCUGUGAAAGUGCGUAGGGCACGUGUUUGGAUCAGAUCUCAAAAGCCGUUCAAUAUAAGGAAAGAGACGGUGGAUUUGAGUGUUUCGCUCCAAAUCUGGCUCCUAUGAACAAAUAUGUUUGAAAAGAAAUACCUUAUACCGAAUCCCUGGAGCAGUUUUUACCAAAAUACAUUGGACAUUUCACUUAGCCCUCAAGUUAACCCUAAAAAAGGGUAUUGUUUGUUCUUUUUAAAGAUAUUUAAAGAUAUUACCUAGUAAACAAUGAAAUCCCGAAAUACUUUAUACUAUAACCAAGUUAGUAGAGACACUUUCCAUCUGGGGUUUUUGUCCACAUCAGGAAUAUUUUUAUAAACCGAAAUUAAAGUGUUGCUGAAAUCAAAAAAACAACAAAACGAAUAGUUUGUUUCUACUCUUUUCAAUAAAAUAUAGUGAGAAACUGUUGGUGCAUUAUGUUUUCAUGGACCAUUCGCACAGCGCCCCGUAUUUCUUGGAAAAUGCGGUGGUUCUCGUCAAUGGAAUUGUUUUUGUAAAUAAUGAAGAGUAAAACCUAAGAUGUUGUUGUGAACUCAUUGAAACAGAGACAUCACAAUGUAUUUCUAUUGUUUGGUGACACUUUGAAAAUGCUCAGACUUGUAGUCGGGUGACAUUUAUACACGUUCUGUAAUAGUGGUGAACAAUUACUGGCACAGGAAAGCCGGUGAAGCCAGCUCUACCUUAUAAAGUUAUUCCAUGUGUAGGAGUCUAGAGCUUGAAACCGUAAUCGUUUGCCUAUUGGUUGAAUCUGUAUCAAGCAAGAACAACUGCUACUACUGUCAUGAUGUGUACAGUUUGUGAUAACUUUUGUAAUUAUUUAAAGUAAACAUUUGGGAUAUAAUUUAUUGUAACUGUUUCAUAUGUAUUUUAACAACAUAAAUA